AUGUACAGUGAGCGUGAGGCGGCUCGAUCGCUUCUGCAUUCUUGCCUCUCCUACUCGGAGGAGGCCAACACAACCGUUCGCCCCUUCAAUCCGGACCUCUUAUCCCUUCCGAGCACGGGGUCUAGCCCGCCCCCGCUUCAGGAGCUUGUGGAUGAUUUUGGUCGUGAGAUCUUGAAGGACCCCGUGGGGAACAUGAUGUUAAGUCCAGAUGAGUGGGGUGCGAAAGUGGAGAAAGGCUUGGGCAUUGCGCCCUACAUGGAUGUCGUUCUCAAACAUGAUCCUGGUAAGUACGUCGACUUUGUGCGCACAUUGUAUCUGGCGGGCAUGCUCGCGUUCACCGCGCAUCCGAAGGAUCUGAUGACGCCUUUCUUUGUUGCCAAGAAGAGCGGGAAGCUCAGAUUGGUUCUGGACUGUCGAGGUAUUAAUCAGCGUUUCAAAGAACCUCCUUCCAUGAUGAUGGCCGCAGGCUCUUCAUGGUCGCAGCUCGAGCUUCCAGAGGGUCAACAUCUGUAUAUUGCUCAGUCUGACAUUACGGAUUAUUUUUACUCUUUGCGGAUGCCCGAAGAGCUCCAGCCCUACUUCUGCCUUCCGUCCAUACCCUCUGAGGCCUUGGAUGCCUGGAUGGUGCAUCCGGAGCUUCGCCCUGCAGCGGAUCGCGAAGGCAUGGUGUUCCCUUGUUUCCGCGUUGUUCCGAUGGGCUGGAGCUGGGCAAUGUAUUGGGCUCAACGAGUCCAUCAACUGCAAGCCUUACUUGGGUCCGGUUUGACAGCCGAGAGGCUUCUGGUUGCCGAGCGUCCAGCUCCACCCAUCGAUGACGGCCAACCCCUCAUGAUUGCAUACGCGGACAACCUUAACGUUGCAGGGACAUGCCCCGUCAAAGUCCAGGAGGCUAAAGACAAUGCUGCCGCGCAUCUUAGGUCGUUGGGAUUUGGUGUUCACGAAGAGCUGGACGCAUGCACUCAGGCAUCCUCCUUAGGCUUCUUCGUCGAUGGAGUUAAAGGGGUCGUCACGCCCAAACCCGACAAGGUCGGGAAAGUGGUGGCAGCGUUCAGAUGGCUGAGCCGGAGGCCGAGAGUCCCCGGCAAAGCGGUCGAGAAACUCAUCGGCCAUGCAGUGCACUUCAUGAUGUUAUGGACUUCAGCCGCCCGUGAAGCCGCUUGGGUGAGUAGCCUGCUCACGGUCUCGGACAUAGGCCAUCGUAAAGAGAGCUGGAGAUUCCGAAGCAGAGACUUUGUGGCACCUCGAAAAAAGGCCCUUGGUUCGGAAACGCUUGAUCCUUUCAUUGAUGUGGAUACAGUGUUACCCGUCGCCGUGCUGGACGAGGAUCCUUUCUCGGUCAAUCCCGGCUUCAAUGAAGUUCCCACUGAGAUUAUGGAACCAAACAUGUGGGCUUGUGCUUUUGCAGCUCGCAUGACCCUUCCUGAGCCCAUCACGGUACUUGAAGCUAGGGGAACCGUUGCUGCAAUCAGACACACCUGCCGGAAUACCAGGAACUUUGGAAAGCGACACGUGCACAUCAAUGAUAACCUGGCCAAUGUUCUUUGCUUUGAAAAGGGACGUUCAGCUUCUUUUGCAAUGCUUCGUGCUUGCCGCCGGGCCUGCGCAUUGCUCGUCGCCUGCAACAUCGCUGUGCACCACCGCUGGGCGCUGGGAGUCAGCACGGAAGCGGCAAGCAUCGAGGCACUGCGUUCACUCCAGGCAGAGACCAAGGAAGGGAAGGCGCAGAAGAGACAAAAACUCAUGCAGAAUACACUUGCUCCCAGAUUUGGGGGCCAAACCUUCCUGGAGCAGGUGGCAGUUUCAGCCCCUGUGGGGCACGACUAUUCGAUCCGGCUGAAUCGUUUCGUGGCGGAGAUGAGGAUACCCAACAUUCGGACUCUCACCGACGCGAAGUUGGACGAGUACUUAAGCAUCUAUCUCAACAACAUGUUCAAGGACGGGUGCGACGUCUCCGACGGAAACAAGACGCUUGCAUCCGUUCUGGACGCCAGGCCCGGCUCUUCAGUGACUUCAGCCCUACCACGAUCCAGGCGAUGCUUAAAAGGCUGGGCCAACAUGGACCCGGGGAAAACUCGGCCGCCAAUCCCGUUCCCCGUGAUCGCUUUGAUUGUUUUGUACCUCAUGAGGCAGUCCCUGGGGGAAGCAGCGCUGCUGAUCCUGCUGAUGUUCAGUGCGUACCUCCGUCCGGGGGAAGCCCUCGCAUUGCAGAUCCCGGAUGUGGUGAAGCCGUCUCGCACGGUUCCCCAUUACGGCAUUAACCUGCAUCCGGCGGACCGGUAUGAGAGCAGCAAGGUGGGACUCUCUGAUGAAUCCAUCCUGUUAGACUCUCCGGUCCUACCGCUUCUGGGCCUUAUGCUAUCGCGGCUGAUUGGCAAACGAAGCGAGGGACUGAUUUUCGAAAUUGGUUACCCGGUCCUUCUUCAGCAGUAG